AUAGUCCCCAGGAGCAGAGCUCAGGCCUUUCAGCACUGGGCCAGCUCCAGCACCAUGGCUGGCUUCUGGCAGAUGACCCUAGCCUGCUGGAAAUACCUGAUCAUAGUACUAGUGCCCCUUUUGUUUCUGCCUCUGCCUCUGGCUAUUGAUACCAAGGAGGCGCGAUGUGGUUACGUUAUCAUCCUGAUGGCACUGCUUUGGUGCACAGAAGCCUUGCCGUUGGCUGUCACAGCACUCUUUCCCGUCCUGCUCUUCCCACUCAUGAAUAUCAUGGAUUCAACAGCAGUCUGCAUGGAGUAUUUGAAGGACACCAAUAUGCUUUUUAUUGGGGGACUGCUGAUGGCCAUUGCUAUUGAGAAGUGGCACCUACACAAGCGCAUCGCUCUGCGGGUCUUGCUAAUCACUGGUGUCAAACCAGCCCUGCUUCUCAUGGGUUUCAUGGUUGUGACUGCCUUCCUGUCCAUGUGGAUCAGCAACACAGCCACCACUGCCAUGAUGGUGCCGAUAGCACAGGCAGUGUUGGAUCAGUUGCAUAAGUCAGAAAUGGAGUUUAAAAGAGCUGGCCAGGAGUCUGAGAACAUCAAUAAAGCCUUUGAACUGCAAGAAGAGCCAACUAAAUCAAAUAAAGAAGAGCCAACUAAACCAAAUAACUUCACAGAAACAGACCAAAAAGGUGAUAGCAAUGUUCUGACGAUCGAGGAAGACACACAGAGCAACGAAAAUCUUCAAGACGAGAAGCACAUGAAACUCUCCAAGGGACUCUCUCUCUCUAUUUGUUACGCAGCCAGCAUUGGAGGGAUUGCAACUCUGACUGGGACAACACCAAAUCUGGUACUGAAAGGACAAGUUGAUGAGACCUUUCCUGACAACGGUAACAUCAUCAACUUUGCCUCUUGGUUCUCUUUUGCUUUUCCCACCUCCGUCGUGUUGCUGAUUUUGGCUUGGAUUUGGCUGCAAAUAUUGUACAUGGGCUUUGAUUUUCAGAAGAAUUUUGGUUGCGAUAGAAGUCCUUCUGCAAAGGCUAAGGAGAAACAGGCCUUUAUGAUUAUCAAGGAAGAGCACAAGAAACUGGGCUCGAUGAAGUUUGCAGAGAUAGCAGUUUCGGUCCUCUUCAUACUGCUGGUACUGCUCUGGUUUACCAGAGAGCCUGGGUUCAUACCAGGUUGGGCAACUGUUCUCUUCAACAAAAAUGACACAAGCUUUGUUACUGAUGCUACAGUUGCCAUCUUCAUUUCAAUUUUGUUGUUCAUCAUCCCUUCUGAAUUUGAUACCAGCACUAAAGACAGACAACAAGCAGGCAGGAAGCCAAAGGUCCUAGCACCUCCAGCUCUCUUGGACUGGACAUCAGUUCACCAGAAAAUGCCGUGGAACAUUGUAUUGCUGCUGGGAGGUGGUUUUGCCUUAGCCAAAGGCAGCGAGGAAUCUGGUCUGUCUAAAUGGUUAGGCUCAAAAUUGACUCCUCUGGAGGAAAUCCCUCAUCCAGCCAUUGCUCUCCUGCUGUGUCUCCUUGUUGCUACUUUCACUGAGUGCACCAGCAACGUGGCCACUACUACCCUCUUUCUCCCUAUUCUGGCUGCAAUGGCUGAAAAUAUCUGCCUCAAUCCACUCUAUGUCAUGCUGCCCUGUACACUUUCCGCAUCAUUGGCGUUCAUGCUGCCAGUGGCCACUCCCCCUAAUGCCAUCGUCUUCUCCUAUGGACAUCUCAAGGUUAUAGAUAUGGCCAAAGCUGGAUUUGUACUCAACCUCCUGGGAGUCCUGACGAUAGCUCUAGCCCUCAACACCUGGUCUUCAUCCUUGUUCAACCUGCACAUCUUCCCUUCCUGGGCAAAUAAGACAGGCUUAUGCUGGGCAAAUGGGACACGCAUAUGCUGGGUAAAUGGGACAGACAUAUGCUAAUAAUACAGAGACAAGUGAAACACUACUGUAUCUGGUAGGACUGCAGUGUGAGCAAGACACAAGUUUUGCUGAGGCAGCCGUUGAGAGACGGGCCUACUCUGUGGAAAAGGACACGCUACCUACAAACAAAAUCAUUCAGUUGAUAGCAGCAAUAGAAUUGCCUAACAGGGCUGUUCUAGCAGGCAAUUUUGUUACCCCAGCAGUAAGACAAGCCAGUAACCUCUGGCUUUUCAACAGUUCCAGGUAUCUUUAGAUUUUCUGUUUGCACAGGGGUAAAUUUUCCCCAACUACAUCAUUUCUUAAGCUCUGUAUGUAAUGUCCGAAAUCUGCAGUGAGUGAGAAAGAAGAGAGGUGUGUAUGGAGAAGGAAGAAAGGAGACUGUGUGUACCUGAUUUCAUGCCUGUAUCUGUGUAUCACCACAGCACAUAUGAAUAUUCACCUCUGUCUGAGCAUACAGGCCUCUGUGUUCAGCAUGUACAUAAGAUUGUUGUGUACUCCGUGGGCACUCAGCACGGUAUGUGUUGCAUGAUUAGGGACAAAUCACAUACUGUCAGCCUAUUUUAUCACUUUGAAACGUAUUUAUUUACAGCCCACUCUGUUAUGAAUGUAAAAGACUUUUUUUCCUAGAACAUCCGUCCCAUUGUUAUUUAUGAAAGAUUAAAGUCUACAAGGUCAUGGCAGGAAUAGCAAUAUUCUCUUGUGAAGGGUAGAAGCCUUGUGCCCUAUAUUGUGUAUAUGAUUGAAUUAAAGAUUUUUUUUUUAUGUA